AUAGGGGUCUUGACUCACUUCACCGUGGAAGUCCAGGACGAUAACAAGUAUAAAGGCUCCAAAGGCCUGUGGAUGGCGUUCCACUACCAUCCAGACACUUUGAAGGAGCUUCUCGACAUAUUGGUGGAGAAAGGAGAAGACCCAAAUUUCCCGCGCAGCUACGACUUCACUGUCAACGUCGUCAGCAGAGAGACAAACCUUCUAGACCUUUUCCCAGGCACGGAAGACGAUCUCAAAGAGGCACUGCCAGACAACAUUCACGACGGCAAGACAAACUUUGCAAAUGUCUUCAAAUUCAAGUACGCAGUCAUUGUUGUGUACGCCCAAUGGGUCAAUCUGGGAAUCGACAAAUUUUCGCCAGAGCUUUUCAACCGCAUCAAGGGUGUCAAACACGAUCUUUUCAAGUUUGCAAAGGAGACUGACGACACUGCUUCGAUGUCCUAUAUCACGUCCAUGUGGCUCUUUAGAAGCCGACGCGAGUUCCCCUACCCUUACAUCAAGCGUACCAAUACGACCAACUCGACCACGCUCUCCAAGACUGGAUGGUCCAAAUGGUUCUCUGGGCGUAUCGACGAAAUCAUCUCCAACAAAAAGAACGGCCUGUGGGUUUCAUCCCAGUUGCAGGUCUAUGGCGGCAAAGCUUCCAUGUUUGCGAAUAACGCAAACAAUGGCACUGCCUAUGGCUGGAGAGAUGCUACCAUUAGCGGAACCUGGGAUGUCUUUCACCAAGACAACUAUGAGGGGGCCAAGAAGUGGCAGGAUGAGAACGAUGCUGGGUCGGUCACUUACUUUAGCAAGGACGAUCGCCGCGUUCUUUGGGGCUCGUAUGGUGACUGGGAUAUGAAGAAGGUCUGGCCGCACUAUUAUGACUCUCAAACGUACGAGAAACUGCGACAGAUCCGGAAAAAGGCUGAUCCCAAUGGUGUUUUUACUGCCAAUCCGUUUUGUGUGGAGGCAGCGGAAAAGAGUGUGUGCUCGAGUUUGUAAACAAUCAUUUGUCAACUAGUCAUUCU